AUGGAUAAGCAAUUACAAUAACAAAUCGAUCUAAUUAUGUAAGAUAAUGUUUAAGGAGCAUUGAUUGUUGAUUAAUUUGGAUUCCCUUUAGCUAAUAAAUCAUUGAAUCCUCAAUUAAGCCAAUAUGUUAAAAAUAUAGCAGAUUGUGCAACAGCUUUAAAAGACUAAAUACCUAUCAUAGCUAUAGAGACUGGUGAAUCUAAAACAUAUAUUAUCAAACCAGGAUCUAAAUUUAGUCUAUGCUUGCUAGCUUGA